GGCUCUCACGCAGCCAUUACUUAUCCAGAUCCCAUGAGUUUCAGGAGUAGGGUUGCCAGAGAUACAUAUCCUGGAAACAGGCCGCUCAUGUCAGAAAAUACUUUGGACUUUUCACCCGUCAUGUGGUCACCACGCCGGACAAGCAGCUUGCAGACGCAAACUGUGCAGCAAAGUUCAACUCGCCAAUUGGCAUCUACUCAGACAGUCAGCGUCGGAGACCAAGCACAUAAACGCUCCUGGAGCGACUCCUUCUCAAGCCCGGCAGCACCGCCGACCUUUCAAGCACAUAUUCGACAUAGCUACGCCCCAGAUCAGGGGUCUCAUGGACGCUAUGGCGUGGAGCCACCGAAUCCGGCAUGGCCUUCUCCCGGACCUGUGAUUAUGCAACCAGCUUCAGCAUUCCCGGCAACCCAUUCUCAUCAGGUCUCGCUGGAUACAGCUUCCAUUGCCAGCUCCUCUCAUAUCACCCAGAGGCUGUGUGAGACCCAGCGAGGCUCAAUCGAGGACGCUAGCACCGCUACUUCCAGGGCCCAGCCGCGGUACAUAGCCAUGCUCAAAAGCACCGACAAGAUCCCCCGCGUGCACAACAUCCUAGCCUCCGUGUUCACAUGGGUCCUCCUCGCAGGCUUCGUUGUGUUUCCUGCCACAUUCUCGUGGCCGCCAAUCGGAUCGGCGGUUCUGCAACAGUAUUGCUUCAUCGGCCUUGCCGCCGGGCUCGUUGUCCUCGGUGUGCUUGGUAUGGCUGUCCUCGGCGUGCGCUGGCGCAACAACUACAUCUGGCUACUGAACCGCGUAUUCCUGCCCGGAGCGCUCAACGGCCUGACGGGCCUCGCGGGCUCUGGCGCCGCCAUGUACGCGGCCUACAUCCAAGGUGUUAUGCAGACUCAGGUCUGGACUCCUACCGCAAUGUCUGCCGUCUGUUUUGAGGGGGCGGUGUCCCUGGUGUGCAGCGGUUUAUUCGUCAUUUACAGUAAGGUAAUGAUCGGGAGGAUGAAGCUCGAGUACGAACGGGAUCUGGAGAAGGGCACGCAAGCUGAGCGGAGAGGAUCGGACAACUCACAAAGCGAUGAUCCGUACCCAAAGAACGGAAAUGGGCCCAUGCUCAAUUGUAAGCAUGACCAGAGGCAAAUUUCAAGCUGGACACACAGAUUACGGACACCUCCCUUGCUGCCUGGCAGCGUUGUUUGAUUGGGAGCUUGAGCUUACCUCGAUGCUAUCUGUGGAUGGGAGGAUAGUAACCGCGCACUUCCUCCUUAUCUGCGGGUCACUGAACAUUAAGAAGGUAGUCGCAGUAAUCCAAACAGAGCGUGAACAUUAAUCGAUUCUACA